AUGGAUGACCCUUACCAAAACAAUAUAAACCAGCAGGGAGAAACAUAUCCCACAUAUGGAGGAGGAGAGUACACUUACCCCUAUCAGACAGACUACCCUCCUCAGGAGGAGGAAGAUGCUGCUAGUGAUGUCACCGAGGGGCAUGAUGAAGAUGAGCAGAUGUACGAGGGCGAGUACCAAGGCAUCCCUCAUCCGGACGAGAUCAAGGAGGCACGGAGAGCCGCCCGAAGGGAGGCCCGCAUGAAGGCCAGGAUGGCAACUGAUGUGGAGGAGGAAACAUUGCCUGAGCAAUACGAGUCCAUCAUGGAAGACUGCGGCCACGGCCGCUUCCAGUGGACCCUCUUCAUGGUGCUGGGUCUGGCCCUGAUGGCUGAUGGGGUGGAGUGCUUCGUAGUGAGUCUCGCCCUGCCCAGUGCUGAGAAGGACAUGUGCCUGUCGAAUGCUGACAAGGGCAUGCUGGGUUUAAUAGUGUAUGUGGGGAUGAUGAUCGGAGCUGUCCUGUGGGGCGGUCUGGCUGAUAAACUGGGCAGACGACAGUGUUUGCUCUACGCUCUGGCCAUCAACUGUAUCUUCUCCUUCCUGUCCUGUUUUGCACAGGGCUACGGGAUCUUCAUCUUCUUCAGACUCUGCUCAGGAAUCGGGAUCGGCGGCUCAGUCCCUGUCGUGUACACGUACUUCGCUGAGUUCCUGCAGAUGGAUAAGAGAGGAGAACAUCUCAGCUGGCUGUGUUUGUUCUGGAUGCUUGGAGGACUGUAUGCUUCCUUCACCGCAUGGGGAAUCAUCCCACAUUAUGGCUGGGGUUUCAGUAUGGGGACAGAGUUCCAGUUCCACAGCUGGAGGGUGUUUGUGCUGGUUUGUUUCCUUCCCUCUGUGGCUGCUCUCGCUGGACUGGUGUUCAUGCCAGAAAGUCCCCGUUUCCUCCUGGAGAGCGCACGACACGAUGAGGCCUGGAUGAUCCUGAAGCAGGUUCAUGACACUAACUGGAGGGCGAAGGGAGAGCCAGAGAGAGUGUUUCAAGUUUCACAGAUCAAAACUCCUCAGACACAGGAUGACGAGUUCAUAGAGAUUCAGAGUGAAACUGGCACUGCCUUCCAGAGAUUCAUGGUCAGACAUAUGACUCUGGUUAAACAGGUCAUGAAGAACAUGCUGUCUCUCGCCGCACCUGAUCUCAGAAUCCAUGGUUUGUUCAUUGCCAUUGUGUGGUUUACCAUGGCCUUCAGCUUUUACGGCCUGGGAGUGUGGUUUCCUGACCAGAUCAAGCUCCUCCAGUUUGAGGAGUUCGAGUCCAAUGUCAAGAUCUUUCAUCGUGAGAAAGUGGAACGCUUUCAUUUCAACUUCACUCUGCAAAAUCAGGUCCACAAGGAGGGGGAGUAUAUCCAUGACAGGUUUAUCAACAUAGAAAUACGAAACGUGAAGUUUGAGGAAUCACUCUUCGAGAACUGUUAUUUUGAGGACAUCAGAUCAACAGACACCUUCUUUGAGAACUGCACUCUUAAAAACACGGUCUUCUACAACACUGACCUGUGGGAAGAUUCCAAGUUCAUUAACUGUAAGCUGGAAAAUACGACAUUUCUGCACCCCAAAAAAGGCUGCCAUCUAAAUUUCCAAGAGGAAAAUGACGUCCUGAUCUAUCUAGUCAGCUUCCUGGGCAGCUUGUCUGUAUUACCGGGCAACAUCAUAGCAGGCCUAUUAAUGGAUAAAGUAGGACGACUUAAGAUUAUAGGGGGAUCCAUGUUAUGCUCCGCUGGCUGCACGUUCUUCGUGCUCCUGUGCUUCAGUCAGUGGGCGGUCGUCCUGUUCCACUGCCUCUUCUUCGCAGCCAGUGCCGCAGCUUGGAACGGCAUUGAGGUCAUCACAGUGGAGCUCUAUCCAGCCUCCAAAAGAGCCACAGCUUUCGGUGUGCUGAAUGGCACAUGUAAACUGGCAGCUAUCAUUAGCACUUUCAUCUUCGGCAAGUUUAUCGGCAUCACCAAGAUCGUCCCCAUCAUCCUGUCCUUCUCAGCGCUGGUGUGCGGAGGACUGCUAGCGUUUAAGUUGCCUGAGACACGAGAGGUCAUUCUUCAGUGAAAAAGCCAAACUCCUCAAGGCCUCAGCGUUGGGUCCAGCUGGACACUGGAUGACCGCAUGCUGGACAGAUGAACACUUCCAGCAAAAGAGAGAGCUGAGUCACGUCAAGCUGAUAUGUUAGGACCACUGUAACCUAGUAUUACUUUA